CUCGAAUUUCAUCGGGUGAGAAACGUGGUUUGUUGGAAGCAGCCGGAGAAGGUAGACGUUGCUCUGUAACUUGUGUAAAUUUGUGAAAGAAAAAUAAAUUGUUGAAAACGAAAAACUAAAAAAGAACAGUUUAAAUACACAGUUUAUAAACGAAAUACGAUGGAAAAUCAAAGCAACGAAGCUCCCGUUGCCGCUGCCGCCGCCGCCGCUGCGGAGGUAUCAUCGACAACUCAACCCGCAGAGCCGACAAAGCGCUCGUUGCGCGUUUUAACCUGGAAAAAGAUCCAGGAUGGCAAAGUUGGAAUUGGCUUCAAUGGCAUAUUCAACCGUAUUCCUGCGUUCGUUGAUGCCGAUAAGGCUGCAGCAUUGCUCAUUGCGGAGGAGGAGUUCAAGAAAGCACAGCACAUCAAAGUGAACAUCGAUCGCGCCUUGCACGAUUUUAAGGAACAGUCGAUGCUGGCCAAUAAAUCUGUGUAUUUGCCCAGCACACGGGACUCGCCCGCACUCUGCCUGAAGGUUGAUGUGGCGGAUGAUGCCACCGAUGAGCAGAAGAAGGAGGCAUUGCGUGUCCAAGACAUACAGAAGUUCCGUUCGGAGAUUGGUCUCGAUAGCAAGUUAAAGCUUGAUUUGGUUGUCAUCGGUUCGGUGGUCGUUUCACGUGAUGGCUAUCGCAUUGGACGCGGCAAUGGUUUUGCCGAUUUGGAUAUUGGUUUGCUUAUUGAGCUGGGAGUGAUCACGCCGGAGACGGCCAUUGUAACAAUUGUGCAUGAUGUGCAGGUUGUCGACACAUUGCCCGUUAAUUUGUUCCAAAAAUACGAUACACCAGUGGACAUCAUUGUAACACCCACCGAGGUUAUACGUGUGGCCAAGCGUUUGCCGCGUCCAAAUGGCGUUUUCUGGGAACUGUUGUCCGAGCGCCGCUUGAAGAUCUUGCCUGUGCUGCAACAGCUUAAGGAGCAGCUGGAGAAGUCGGGUAAGCAGAUAACCCUGAAGGAGGAGGAUACCGAUGUUGAGCAGCAUCAGAAUAGUAGACGCCGUCGUGGACCGUUGCGUCGUCGCUUCCAACGAGGAAACCCAGGACGCACCACCUCACAGACUGACAACGAACAACAAGGCGGCGAAAAUGCGCAGAAGCGCGCACCUCGCCGCAAGAAUCGUUUCGUUAAUCGUCGCAGACGUACGAACAAGUCUGAGGGCGACCAGUCAGGUGUCGAGGCUGGUGUUAAGAGUGAAGAUCGUAAAUUUGAUGAGGGCGGUGCUGGUGAACGUCGCCCAAGGAAGAAGAAUCGCCCGCCGCGUGAUUUCUGUGUUAAAUUGACAAACCUGACACGCGACGUUCGCGUCAAGGAUCUGAAGACAGAGCUGCGUAAGCGCGAAUGUAACCCACUGUCGAUUACAUGGAAGGGUCAUUUUGGAAAGUGCUUCUUGCACUUUGGCAAUCGCAAUGGCAAUCCGAGUACUCAGGACGAUGUUGAUAAAGUUCUCAAGUCGCUGAACGAUCUCUCGCUAACCAUUACCACAGGCGGUUUCGAGUCAACACCGGCAACUGCAGCUGGUGCCGAGGAGCAGCCAGUCGAGAAUGUGAAUGCACCAGGGCAAACGAAAACCAUAAAUGUCAAUGUGGAGCUACUUCAGUUUGGCAAAAAGAAUGCCGGUGGCAACGCUGGCGAGGGUGGUGAUGUUGAUGCUGAUGCCAGCCCAUUGAAUGGCAAUGGCGAGAAUGCCAAUGCCAAUGUCAAUGUCAAUGUCAAUGCCAAUGCCAAUGCGAAUGCCGAGGAGGGCGGCGCUUCACGCAUUGAGUCGGUGGAUACAACCACUGUAUAGUAUGACCAAGUCGGUAGCGCUGCCACCAAACGGCCCCGGCGGUUGUCCGCCGCCAGUGCCACGUGUGGAGUUCAACGAAAAAGAGUAACAUUUUGUUUAGAAACAACCGAAAUGAAGUAACACACAAACAGACAACAAAAAACCAACCGAAUUGAGCUCCAAACACACACACAAACACAAAAAACACAUGCAAACAAACAAACAAAAGAAAAACUAAACACUCAUCCAAACACACUUUAACUUUAUAAUUUUCAGCUUUGUAGUUUCUUCUCAUUCACUCUUUCUAAACUCUUAGACACAACAAGCGCCAGAAAAUAUUUCGAUUCAAUUCUAACUGAAACUCUGACGCUAUUUCUAAACAAUUGCAUUUGUUUUUUGCUUUAAAAGAAAACAAAACGACAAAAAAAACUUCGUUAUAUAAUGAAAAACAAAAAUAUGAAUGAAAUACUCGUUCCACAAUUUGCAAAGUGGAUCAUUAUUUCAAGCUAGGUAAUAAUCCUUCAUCCACUCACCACUUGUCUUUCUUUUUCCUUGACAAGUCAAAUAAAAAAAUAUAAAUAUUUUACGAUUUUCUAAACGUUUUCCUUACAACUUGUAACACCUGGCCCCAACCCACCUGCUAAGUGCGUGCCGCCCAGGAUACAGUUGAGCUGCUAUUCUUGGGAGCACGCCCUGCGCGUGGAUUAGGGAAUUCGUGUACGAAAUGUUGAUAUUCGUAAAUUCUUAAAUUAACCACGAAAAAACAAAAAAAAAAAAAAAAAAAUUGAGAACAAUGCAAAAAAAAAAACAAAAUCGCGUGGAUUAAAGCAAUUGAAUUAACAAAUAAUUAACAUGUUGCAUUUUUUGCUGAAUGAAAUCAAUAUAGAAACGAACAAUAAAACAUAAUUAUUGUAAUUUGGUUAGUGUUUUUUCCCACACGGCCACAAACAACACCAAUACCAAUACCCUUACAAUUAUUAUAUAUAUUUUAACAACAUGAAGAUCAACAAGAUGUGAAAACAAAAAAAUUAUACAUACAAACCGUAAUUAUUUACUCUUUUAUACAAAGAAAAAGCAUUAAAAAAUCUUAUGUGAAA